AGUGUUGGCCGGGACUCCUCUUCUUUGACAACAUUACCUGUUAUUCCAAUCUUAUGCCAUUUCACCAUACUAAGUGACUACUAAGAGAAUGUGCAAAUUCUGUAUUGCAAUGUACAAUCCCAGUUUGAAAUGGACUAUUGUGUAAUUGAUAUCAGCACUCCCCCUUGGUUAAGGAAGUGAGCAAAGAUCAAUGGAAUUCUCGAGGGGUAUGUUGUAAUAGUUUUGGGAAUCCUUGGGGAAUAGUCUUAAGCAUUGGAGUUAUUCAGGGUAAACAAAGAAUUCAUCAGAAUUCAUGGAAUUUUAUUAGGAAAAAACUGAAGUACUGUUCAAUAAGUUCCUCAGGGGUAAAUUCAUAUCUUAAGGAAGUCUCCCAGGUGAAUGCAGUCUAAUAGAAUUCCUCAGGAGUAAGAAGGAAGUUUAUUAUAUGUUGUCAACCAGGAAGAGGGUGUGGCUAUUAAAUGUGAUAGCCCAAUUUUUUUCUGCGAUUGAAGGAGGACAAAGCACACACAAUGACCACAUGCAACAGCAUGCAAAGACUGGACAAAGCAAACAUGAUGUGAUUUUAUUUAGUUGGAUAGUAAACCUUUUAUUCAAUGGUUUACAUUGUAAAAGUAUAAUGGACAUGGGUGUUUUGCUCAUUGCUCGCCUAUACAUGAAACCAUCCAACACAUGAUUGAUAGAAUUCACAUACAAAAAUUAUUCAAAAUAACUAAGAAUCACGAAUCACCAGUGCCACUAACAAAAGGAGGGAUACAACAAUCUUUUAGUAUGCCAAGUUGGUUUCUUUUUGCAUUACCUUGUAUUAAUUUUGUUUUUUCUGGUGUGACUGUUCAUUAGCCACAGGCAUGUGACUCAUUGUUUGUGAUAAAUAAACAAUUUUUUUCCUCUAAAAGGAUUCAUCAAAGAGAAGGGAUUCGCCUAAGGCUUAAAAUUCACAUCCAAUUUCUUCCUUGGAUCCUUGGAAGUUUUAAAAAUUGGCAAUUUUUCCAUCUCUAAGAUUUUUUUUUUUUUUUGGAACAGCUGAGAAAAAAAGUUCUGUCUCUGCUGUUUAUUGAACUGAUCAAACCAGAGAAAGAAGCCUUCAAU